AUGAAUUAGUCUUAAUAUGGAGCCUUUGGUAUGAGUGGAAACAAUUUCAACCAAACUGGUGGUAAACCACCUGUCAAUAAUUAUAAUUUUGAAAAUGUCAGAGCACAACAACCUGCACCAGGUGGACCAUAACCAUCUAGAGGGAAACCCCUGGGAACAGCUGCCAGACAACCAUAGGCAGAAGCCAGACCAAUGACAUCUAACAGAGGAGCUAAUUUUGGUUAAAAAAAGGACCCUUUCAAUUCUACUCAAAAUCAAAUUAAUUUGAAUAAACCUAAACUUGAAACCAAUCCUGAAGAAUAGUUUAAAGGGAUGGAAAAGGAAAUCAAUACCCUAAUAGAAUAGAGUGCUAUCGCUAAAUUGAGAGGCAAUCUCUCUGAAUGUCUAGAAAAGGCAAAAGAAGCAUUUAAUAAAGAAAAAAAAUUAAGAUAAUCUAAAGAAGCACAAAAUUUAGCAGAAUCCAUCAAUGCAGAUCUUAGUUAUUGUGCAGCCUUAACUUAAGCCUGUGCUUUACAUGCUAAUGGACUCCAUUAAGAUGCUUUAGCAAAAUACCAAGAAAUUAUUAAAUGUAAAUAAUACCCACAAGCAGGUAGAUUGAGGGUUAAUAUGGGAAACAUUUAUUUUGAACAGAAGAAAUACCCUACUGCCAUAAAAAUGUACAAAAUGGCUUUGGAUUUGAUUCCUGCUACAUCCAAGGAAAUGAGGUUCAAAAUCCAAAAAAACAUAGGUCAUGCGCAAGUAAGGUAGGGCAAAGAAAAAAUCCUAGAGGCAAUCAACACAUAUGAAUAAAUCCUCAAAAGUUCACCUGAUUUUCCAACUGGGUUUAAUCUUAUGAUUUGUUUGUAUUUUAGUGGAAUUAAGAAUAAAAUGAAGGACUAUUUCGUUACUCUAUUAACCAUAGAAAUACCAGGAGAGAGUGAAGAAGAGAAUAAUGAAAAUAAGGGUACUACCAUUACAGAUAAAUUGAGAGAGGAUACAAAAGAAAGAAGAAGAGAAGCCGUUCAUUAUAUUGUAACAUCUGCUAAAUUGAUUGCUCCAUUAAUUGAAGACGAUAUUAUUGUUGGAUAUGAGUGGAUUUUAGAAUAACUCAAGAAUUCUACAUUUCCUGAAGCUGAAACUGAAAUUGAAAUAUGCAAAGCUAUGGCCCAUUUAAAGAAAAAGAACAUUGAGAAAUCUAUCGAAACACUUAAAGGGCUUCGAAAAAAAGGAUAAAUCAAUUAUGGCUCGCAUUGCUACAAACAUCUCUUUUUUGCUGAGAAAUAUGCUGAAAUUGCAAUUACAUAUGAUAGAUACAAUGCAAAGGCUUUAGUCAACAGAGGAAAUUGCUUAUAUGUGAAAAAUGAAUUCUUGAGAGCCAAAGAAUAAUAUCUAGAAGCUAUAGGUGUUGAAGCAGAUUGCAUAGAAGCACUCUAUAAUUUAGCUUAUGUAAAUAGAAAAUUGAAUAUGUUUGUUGAAUCUCUGCAAGCAUUAGACAAGUUAUAAACAAUUGUCUGCAUCCCUGAAGUUUUGUAUCAAAUGGCCACAUUGUAUGAGAUGACUGGUAAUUCAAAAUAGGCCAUGAAAUGGUAUUUAGAAUUGUUAAACAAGGUUCCAAAUGAUCCUAAUAUACUAGCUAGAUUAGGUUCACUAUUUGCAAGGGAAGAUGAUGAACCCUAGGCAUUGCAUUAUUUUUUGGAAUCCUAUAGAAUAUUACCAACAAACAUUGAUACAAUAUCGUGGUUGGGAGUGUAUUAUGUGAAAUAAGAAAUGUAUGAGAAGGCGAGCUUAUAUUUUGAAAGAGCAGCACAAGUGUAAACAAGAGAUGAGAAAUGGAAAUUGAUGGUUGCAAGUUGUUAUAGAAGAAUGGGGCAUUUUCAAAAGGCAUUAGGCACCUAUUAGAAAAUCUAUUCCGAUUAUCCAGAUAACAUUGAAUGUCUUCGAUUCUUAGUGCAGCUAUGUAGAGAAAUGGGAUUACCAUAUGAAGAAUAUGCAGGGUAAUUAAGAAAAUUAGAAAGAGAAAUGGAAAUGAUAGAAGGGUAUUAGGGUCAAGAUAUAAAUUUAAUCAAUAAUGAAGAAGAAUAAAUUCGUUUGCCUUAAGGAGACGAUAAUCCUGUUAGUUUCACUAAUAACACUAGGAGAGCCAAUAAACAACCACCUCCUAAAACAAAUGUGAGAUAAAAUUUAGAAGAUGAACAAUUUUAAGAUGGGGUGGAGGAUAACUUUUUACCUUGAUAUUAUGUAAAAUCUAGAAUAU